GAUGACCACUUCCUGUGGAAGAAUGAAAGGACAUGCCCAGCCCUUAGACACGGAGCAGAGAGGAGCUCUCAGCUGUACAGAUGUGAUUACAUUAUUUACAGGUAAAACAAGAUUUUUUUUUUUUUAUGACUGGGGCGCUAUGUAAUUAAAGGACGGGGACAUAUAAUUGUAUGAGAUGAGGAUGACACAAUUCAAGGGAAGGAGUGCUGGAUCAGAUUGCUUGGGAACAGUGGCACACAGGGAUGACACCUCUGAGACUCCUUGGUCAGAAAAUGUCCAUCAAACAAGACAAAGCUCUCAGAACCUUCAUCUACCCAUUAAACAGCAAUGGACUGGGGAUACGGAGCUUAAACUGACUGGUACUCCUCCAACUCAAGACACUAUACCUGAUUCAGAGCUGAGAGCCUUUUCCACCAAUGAUCAGUCUCUUCACAGCAAAAGUGACCCACUUUGUUCCUCUCUCCAGAAAGAAAUGUACUACGCAGAGACCUCCGAUUCUCCUAAUUAUCCAAUCCCAAGACUUAUAAUAACGCAGGAUUCUAGCUCCAACAGCUGCCUCUCCUUCACUUCUCCUCCACUGCCCGAGACCACCAAUGUUCUGGACAUACCCCCCUCUAGGGAAGCAGAAUCUCCAUGUUCUGAUAGUGGUGGAUCCCCAGUACCCUCUCUUUUUAUACGUAAGCUCUCCAGCUCUUCUGGCCUUUCAUCUGCUUCAUCCUUUGAAGAGUCCGAAGAUGACUUUGCUGGCAGUGACAUGGAACCCAAUGGACUGCAUUACCUCCUUUGUAGUCCAGAAGACCAGGGAGUUCCAAGCAAGUCCUGGAAGAAACUGAAGAACAUGGUCUAUUGGUCACCGUUUGUGGUGUCCUUCAAGAAGCAGUACCCAUGGAUCCAACUGGCUGGACAUGCGGGUAAUUUUAAGGCCGGUGAAUAUGGGAAAAUAUUGAAAAAAUUCUGUGAGAGCGAGCAACAGUGUCUGGUGGGACUGAACCGGGAUAUUCUGCGGCCGUUUGUUCCUGGUUAUUAUGGGGUGGUGGAGAAAGAAGGCGAGAACUACAACCAGAUGGAAGACCUUUUGUCUGAGUUUGACUCCCCAUCUAUUAUGGACUGCAAAAUGGGUGUCAGGACAUAUUUGGAAGAGGAGCUGGUUAAGGCUCAGGAAAAGCCCAAACUGAGAAAAGACAUGUAUGAGAAGAUGAUUGCUGUUGAUCCCAACGCGCCCACUGAAGAGGAACACAGACAGAAGGCCAUUUUAAAGCCACGGUACAUGCAGUGGAGAGAGACCCUUAGCUCUACUGCUACCAUGGGCUUUCGAAUAGAAGGCAUCAAGAGAGCAGAUGGAUCGUGCGACACAAACUUUAAGAAAACAAGGUGCAAAGAGCAAGUGAUCAGUGCAAUGAGAGACUUUGUGGAUGGAAACAAGAAUAUUUUAAGAAAAUAUCUGGUGCGAUUAAAAGAGCUUAGAACGGCGCUGGAAAAAUCUGAGUUUUUUAAAUCACAUGAGGUUGUCGGAAGCUCUCUUCUGUUUGUCCACGAUUCCUCCAAGCAAGCAAAGGUCUGGAUGAUUGACUUUGGGAAGACUGUUCGACUCCCGUGUACACAGGUGUUAAACCAUCGUACCCCCUGGGUGGAGGGGAAUCGUGAAGAUGGAUACUUAUGGGGGUUAGACAACCUGAUCAACAUUUUUACUGAAAUGGUGGAGGAAUAGACGUUUAAAUCUUGCGUUCUUCUACUGGAAGUGAUCCACGGACCAUAACCUGCGACUGUUGUCAGAAUACGGACUGAAGUCUUCCCAAUAUUCUUCUAGAGAGGCUGCUGGCAGGCAAGUCACGUGGAUUUCCGAAUCUCAAGCAAGGACAAGAUUUUUGGGGAAUGGAUUUGUAGGUGUUUUAUAACGUUCUAUUUAUGCCUGUAUAUUCUCAAGAGAACACAACACUGGAUAGAUUGUACCCACAGUACAGCUUUAAAGCUAUUUGUGGAACAAGGAUUCCGAGAAUUUUUGUGUAUAUUUUUUAUUACCGCAAACCAAAUACGAAACUCUGAUUUAUGCCGUAUUUUAUUAUGUUUUUAAUGGUUCAACUUUAUAAUUGGGAGGAAGGGUGGCAUGGACUUGUUUUUUAUUUUUUAUUUAACAAUGUACAGUGGAAGCAGAGUUUUUAUUGUUUUUUUUUAAAAAAAUCACAUUUGUUUUCAUGCUUAACCAAAGAGACCAUACAAAUUACAGGUGGACAGCAGUAAACGCUCUGCCGUGUUGGAUAAUGUAAACAACUCGUAUGGUGGACUGAUAGGGGCAUAUU